AUAAACUUACUCUUUUGUUCUCCCCGUCUUCAAAGCUGUUUCGAAUUUCCCAAUACCAUUUUACAUUAGCGUCCAUAGUUUUUUUUUCCUAACUAUUGGUUUAACAGCAUAUAUAAAAUUAAUGUCACAGGCAAUGUCGCAGGCAACAAAAACAGCAACAGGAAUUAAGAAAUUAGUUAUACCCAAGUUUCUUCCAGCAAGCAGUAGUAGUGAACGAAGUUCUAAUGGACGCUCUUCCUUAAAGACAGCAUCGCCCACUAGAAGAGGCACUCUUAAUAAACUAACAACUCUUGCUACUAAAGUGCAAGUCUUUCUACGGUGCAAGGGUGGUAAACUUCGAGAAUCAACAAGCUCAACUCCAGCUCACGUAAAAUUGAAACUUAUUGACAAUGGCUCGAUAACAAGUAGCAUUACUGAUUUCGAUAUUGCAAAAGAAGAUAUGUCAACUGAAUUCGUUCAGGACGUUGUACUUCUGCCUUCAACCACUAAGGUUUUCCACUUUGAUCGCGUUUUCAGGCCUUGUGAGACGCAAAAGGACAUUUUCGAAGAUGUUGCAAAGCCUCUUAUAAACGAUGUUUUCAAAGGAGCAAGUUGCACAGUCUUUGCAUACGGCCAAACUGGCACAGGAAAAACUUACACCAUGGAGGGUGAUCUUCAACGUGCUGGUAAUAAUAUCAUUUCUGAAGAUAGUUAUGCUACCGUUUCUAUGCUGGAAUUGUAUAAAGAAGAAUUACGCGAUUUGCUAUGUAUUACUGAGCCAAAGCAAUUGAUAAUUUACGACGGGAAAGAAGAUGAUAGAGCAGUAGUUCAUAAUUUGCGCGAAAAACCUGUUAGAAACGUUGCAGAAGGUCUUCAAGCAUUGAAAGCCGGAGUUAACAGAAGAAUGACUGCUGCCACAAAUAUCAAUGAUAAAUCAAGCCGGUCUCAUUGUAUAUUUACCAUUAAUGUUUACAUUAAGAAGGAGGGAAGUCAAAAGACAUUUCAGGUUGGCAAGCUAAAUAUGGUUGAUCUCGCUGGUUCUGAAAAUAGUAAAUUAGCUGGUGCUGAUGCAAAUAGAGCAAAAGAGGCAGCAUCCAUCAAUAAAAGUCUAUUAACCUUAGGGCGCGUCAUUACUAGUCUUGUUGACAAGACUUCACAUAUACCAUAUCGAGAAAGUAAGCUGACGCGUUUACUUAAAGAUUCUCUUGGUGGCCACACAAAGACUUGUAUUAUAGCUACAAUCGCGCCAUACACCCAAACGAAUGAUGAGGUCAAAAACACCUUGGAAUACGCCAAUAUGGCUAAAAGUAUAGUGAACUAUACACCGAGGACUGUUGAAAUCUCCGAAGAAUAUCAAACCAAAACCUUAUUGAAGAAGAUUGUCAGUCUAGAGGAAGACUUACAAGUAUGUUAUGAGAAGAAUGGAAGAGAAUACGAAAGCUCAAUCCAGCAAUCAGCAAUUACAGCAUACAAAUGAAUUGUUACGGCAAAAAAUUGUACAAGCAGAGCAAGCAGCUUUACUGAGAACCGCACAGAUAGAGCAACAACUGCAACAGAAAAGCAAGGAUCUCGAAAGGGCGCUACAGCAACUUGAGCAACAUGAGCAUAAUUUGGACGUUAUAGCCCGUACAGUUGAACAAGCGCGCGGAAUAAAGAGGAAUAGAGAUGACAAUGAUGUGACAGAAACUCGCAUUGCGAAAAAGCGAUAAUACCAUACAGUGAUCAAUAAGGCUUUUGUCACUGUAUUUAUAUAUAAAUACACCUAGAUACCCCUACCAUUUAACUUUUUCUAAGUCAAAUAACGACCCAUUAUUCCAAUUUAUGCUCAUUAAAAUAUACUUUUUACUGUAAAACAGUGAGGACGUAAGUUACCCAUAUUAUGCGGAAACAAAAAAAGACAUUCAGUUACCAGAAGUCAAGCAUUUGU